CCUGGAAGAACUAAGAUGCUGUCAUCGGAGAAAUAUAAAAGACUGUUUAAUAUGCCAGAAGAUGAUUACGGAACAUGGGAUAACGAAUCUGGAAUGUCGACACAAUUAUAUAGCCUACAUGUGUAAACUUUGUUAUGCUUUAAUCCUUUUUAAAGAUGAACAACAAGGAGAUACUGAUUUUUUGCCGUAUUUAGUGAGUUUUUGCAGGAGUAGUCUGAAUCUGCAACUGUUAAAAAAGAAAUAUACUUAUGUUUACGAUUUCUUAAUUAAGAAACAUCCAGAAUUGCUUGUUGAACAGGAACCUUCUGUUUCUGAAGAGAACAAACCUUCAAGCAGUGAGCCAAUUAAGGAAUCCACUCCCCAGACCGAAUUAAAUUCUGUUAAAAAUAAGCCCAUUUUGGACUCGGAUAAUAAAUUUAAAUUCAGUGCAAGUUGUAAAUGCCAACAUAAUAUCGAAAUGACUAAAUGUAAAAAUUGUAACCCGAUAAACUUAGACGAACUAAAAAAGAGUAAAUGUCUACACUUAAUCCCUAUUAUAGAAUGUAAUCAUUGCAAAAAUCUGAUCUUAAUCCUUAGAAAAGAAAAAGAUAGAACCAGAGUUAAAUUCAUUCAAGACAAAGACUAUAUCCCUUACACCGAAUAUGACAAAUUAUAUAAUCUAAAUCCUAAUCCAAAGAAAAAUAAUACUUAUUCUAAUAGUAAAAAGAGGAAAACUGACCCUGAGUUAGAUGACAUCUUAAAAGAAAAAAACCAGAAAAAGAAAAUAGAAGGCGAAGGCAAUAAAAAAGAUACCGAUAUCCCUCCAGGAAAUAAUAAUAACAAAAGAGAUUUUAAAAUCCUAGAAUCUCAAGAGGAAAUGGAACUAGAACAGAAUGAGCAGGAAAUUGAUAAGACCGAACUAAAUGAAAAAAUAAGAAACGAUGAUACAGCUAGGAAAUUUGAAUCAGAAGAAAAACCGGAACAAGAGAAAAAGGAGGAUAAAGUAAAUUACAAGAAACCUCCCCCAAUUUUUAUUACGAACGAAGAUCCAGAAUCUGUUAGGGAACUUUUAAUUGGUUAUGAAAUCAAGGAGUAUACCCUAAAAAAAGUUUCAGAUAAACAAGUUAAAGUCAUACUCAAAACGGAAGUUGAUUAUAGGAAAUUCUUACAGAAAUUGCAUGAUAUGGAAGUAAAAUUUUACACGUUCCAAUUCCCUAGCUGUAAAACGACUAAACGGAUACUUAGAGGACUACCAUCAGACUAUGAAAUAGACAAAAUUAAAUCUAAAUUUAAGGAUAUGGCAACAGAUUUGGAAUUAAAAAAUAUUAGGCAAAUAUAUCACAUAGUCACAAAAACCCCUUUACCCCUCUUUGAAUUAAGCUUCAAACUACAAAGUAAAAUAUCUGAAAGACUUGAGAAAAUUAAGAACAUGGAUAAUUUUGAGAUCAGUUUAGAAAAAAUAGACCCAAAAUUUAUAGAAAUUCCAAUUUGUAAAAUUUGUUUAAAUUAUGGCCAUACCAAAAGAUUUUGCUCUAUGGGAAUUACUUGUAUAAUUUGUACUGGCUCACAUUUCAGCUCAGAGUGCCCCAUUUCGUUAAAGGCCAAGGAAGAUAACAAAAAAGUAACCCCUAUAUGCUUACAUUGUAAAGAGUCCCAUUUUACGACAUGGAAGGGAUGUAAUUAUUAUAAAAAACUUAGGAAAGCAAAAUUAGAGAAAUUUAGAAAACAGAAAGAAUUUGGAAAAGGUGAACACCCCGUGUGUGAGAAUGGGACUCCAAAAAAUGUAAAUAAUCCUGAUGGAAUAGAGAUUAAAAAAUUGAACAAUCAACUCAAGAGUUUGGAGGAGAAGUUUGAAAAAGAAAUUUCCCUGCUAAAUAAAACAAUAGAUUUACUCAAAAACGAGA